AUGGUUCUAGAGACUCUCGAUAGUUCCCGGGAGGGUUCAAAGAGAAAACACGCCAACGGUGGUGAUGCGGCGGUUCCUUGUUCCGACGACGAUGAGCUCAGCAACGGAGACUUAAAUACUGCAUCUGGUUUAUCAUCCAAAAGAGCUAGGGCUUCGAAAGAAAUGACGUUUGAAGAUAUCUACGGUGCGGAGGCAUUGCUGAAUGGAGAAGAUGAAGAGGAUGAUAGUGAUUGGGAACCUGUGCAGACCCCUGUUGAGUUUGUGAAAUGGUGUUGCGUUAACUGCACGAUGGCGAAUCCUGGUGAUAUGGUCCAUUGUUAUAUAUGUGGUGAGCACAAGGAAUCUGGCAUCUUGAGGCAUGGAUAUUUUGCAUCUCCGUUUUUCAAAGACUCUGGUCUCAUUGAAGUCGAAGAGAAAUGUGGAGGAAGCUCUGCAACCAGCUCAACAGCUGUUGGAUUUGAUGAGAGAAUGUUGCUACACUCAGAAUUCGAAGUGAAGGCACAGCCACAUCCUGAGAGACCUGAUCGUCUUCGAGCUAUAGCCGCCAGCCUUGCCACAGCUGGCGUGUUUCCUGGAAGAUGCUUGCCUAUUCAUGCUAGGGAAAUCACGAAACAAGAACUCCAGAUGGUCCACACUUCAGAGCAUAUUGACGCUGUUGACAUUACAAGCCAGCUUCUCUAUAGUUACUUCACCUCUGACACAUAUGCUAAUGAGUAUUCAGCACGUGCUGCUAGACUUGCAGCAGGUUUGUGCGCUGAUCUAGCUACAGAAAUUUUCUCUGGCCGUGUCAAAAAUGGUUUUGCUUUGGUUAGACCUCCCGGUCAUCAUGCUGGCAUCAAACAUGCUAUGGGGUUUUGCCUUCACAAUAAUGCAGCUGUUGCUGCAUUAGUAGCACAAGCAGCAGGAGCAAAAAAAGUGCUGAUUGUGGACUGGGACGUCCAUCAUGGAAAUGGAACCCAAGAGAUAUUCGAACAAAGCAAAUCUGUAUUGUACAUAUCCUUACACAGACAUGAGGGAGGAAACUUCUAUCCUGGUACUGGAGCUGCUGAUGAGGUUGGUUCAAAUGGUGCUGAAGGUUACUGUGUAAAUGUUCCAUGGAGCUGUGGCGGAGUUGGUGAUAAAGACUAUAUCUAUGCCUUUCAGCAUGUAGUUCUUCCCAUAGCUUCCGCAUUUUCUCCUGAUUUUGUCAUCGUGUCAGCGGGAUUUGAUGCGGCUAGAGGAGACCCACUAGGCUGCUGUGAUGUAACUCCAGCUGGUUAUUCACGAAUGACACAGAUGUUAGGUGAUCUAUGCGGCGGAAAAAUGCUAGUUAUUCUGGAGGGCGGGUACAAUCUGCGCUCCAUAUCUUCUUCUGCUACAGCAGUGAUCAAGGUGCUUCUGGGUGAAAGUCCGGAGAACGACUUGCCUAUCGCUACCACGCCUUCAAGAGCCGGUCUGCAAACUGUUCUUGAUGUAAUGAAUAUUCAAAUGAAGUUCUGGCCAUCACUUGCCACUGCCUACUCCAAGUUACUCUCAGAAUGGGAAACACGUCUCAUCGAAAACAAUAAAAAUCAGGUGAAAAAAGAGAAUCAGGUGAAAAGGAAGAAGCUUGUUCGGGUUCCCAAAUGGUGGAAAUAUGGACGAAAGAAGCAUUUGUACAAGUUCUUCUCUGCUCGUACGAAAUCAAGAUCAAAAAGAUGCUAG